AUGGUAGACCUCACAAAGAGCUCUGAGAGCUCUGGGGAGGAAGAGGGCCCCCAAAGUGUCAGGGCUGCACCUAAACGGGGGCCCCCGGCGAGGGCCCGGGGGGCCCCCCGGGGGGGCCCCUCCAAGCCAAGGGGGGGCCCUCAGGAGGGGCCCCCGCUGUCUGCUGCAGUUUAUUCUGUCGAUGAGUCCUCUUUGGCCUCGGAGGAGACUGCAGCAGACGAGGGGCCCCCUGGGCUUCUUGGGGCCCCUCCCCAGAAGCGGGGGCCCCCCGUGGAACUCUUUGGGUGCCCCGAGGAUGAAGAGAAUCUGCAGCCUUCGGGGCCCUCUACAGCCUCUAGGGGCCCCCCGGACCCUCUUGGGGGCCCCCCUUUAGUACCCUCGGGGGGCCCUCCGUGCUGCUUAUCUUUAGAGGGCAGCACUUCUCCUAAACCCGCAAACAAAAGAAAACCCCAAAAGAGGCACAGGGGGCCCCCCAGGGGCCCCGUCGAGACGCCCACAAGUGACCCCCAGGAGGCCCCCCAGGGGGCCCCCGAGGAGGCCCCCCUUUGGGGCCCCCAGGGGGCCCCAAAGGGGGCCCCCCUUGGAAGGCUUGAAGAGGAUGCCGCGGCUGGAAAAAUGAAGGGGGCCCCCCCUCUACUGGUGCGAAUGGAGGGGGGCCCCCCUCCAGUGGUGAGUGUGCUGGUGAAGAAAGCCCCGUUUUAG